GAAAAUCAUUCCUUCGUCGUUCAAUCGCCGGCGAAGAACGAUACCGUGUAAACAUUGUCUGACAGUAACAAUAAUAUAUAUCUUAUAUUACAUAGUUAUGUGCCAAUAACGUAUUGUUAUCCAGUCAUGGAUGUUUCUAUUGGGACCGACGAUGGUCUUUAACACCACAGCUUAUAUACGUUCAUUAUAAAUACGAUAAAAUACAAAAUAUAUCUUACUGAACUAUGAGAGAUCGGUUUUUUAUUUUUUUUUGUUUUUCAAAGAAUCUUUUUUUUUUCCUUAACUUUGUUUGAUGUUGCAAAAGUCCAUCAUACACGGUUUGAUACUGAAUAGGCGCAAGUGUUGAGACUGCGGCGCAAACGGCGGAAACCCGUGGAGUGUAGUAUGAUAAAUGGAGAACGGAUCUCAUUCUACUUUCAAACUAAAUAUAAUCUCCCAAUCAAAAAAUCGAAACUGCCAAAGACCAUUAACUCUUUUUUCAUUCAUUACGGCUACGGCCAGAGAUGGUUCCCAAGUUACGGAAAAACGUCUACAGGACGUUUCUAAAGCAUUAAAAGACAAUUUGACAAAAGGAACUACAAUGAAAUGCAAGGAAAAAAAUGUUGUCUAUCCCAUCAUUCACUUUACUGAGGAUCGGAAUUCGUUGAUGUCGGUGCUUCAAGAUCAGAACGAAGUAAAUGAGCAUUUCAAAUUACAUCAAGGUGUUUAUCGAGAAAUUAAAAGUAUUGAAUGUGAGGAUGGAAACGGACCAUUCGUAACGACUUCAACUAGCAUCUCUUACAUAGUAUCCGGAUUCAAACUUCUCGACACUAGUCUAGUGGAGGUGAUGAUUGAAUCCUGGAAAGACUGGACAGGUGCUAGGCAUAUAUAUCUCCACAUUCCGUACGACCUGGGUCUCCAGAGAAUCUCGCUUUUGAAAAAAGUAGCUCCCAGUUCUUUGAACUCGUUUACAUAUGUUGUACUCGCCGAGUGUCUGAAUGUGAACACAGAAGAAAAAAAAAUGUUACUGUUGGAUUUUGUUCAAAGGAUGAGAAUAGAAAAAUUUUUAUCUGGUUACCUAUCUGUUUAUGAGCUUCAUAAUAUUAUUUAAGGUCAAUGUUAUAAUAUUACAACAAAAAUAUUCAAAACGCUAAAAUAUAAAACUCGC